CACCAACUUCCAUCAUCAUCAUCAUCCCACCCAACACUUCACCACACGCGACGUACCACCACGAAGCCGACGCACCGUGCACAGAGACUCGCUCAUUCUCAAAAUACCGACCGCGCAUAUUCAACCGCACAUACAGAUAGCGUCGAGAGCCCGGCGCAGCAGCCAUGUCGGACGAUGAGGACUUCAUGCAAGAGUCCGACGAGGAGUGAGAAGCCGGCCAAGGUGGCCCCCCCAGACGCUCUCCCACCCGACCUAACAGCGGGCAGAUAUGACUUUGAGUACGAGGAGGACGACGACCAGGACAGCGGCGAUGUCGACAUCGAGAACAAGUACUACAAUGCCAAGCAGCUGAAGCUCACGGACCCGGACGAUGCUGUCAUCGAGUUUCUGGGCAUCCCUCCGCUUGAGGAGGAAAAGGGCGAAUGGGGCUUCAAGGGACUGAAGCAGGCCAUCAAACUCGAGUUCAAGCAGGGCCGCUACGACAAGGCCGCCGACCACUACGCCGAGCUCCUCACCUACGUCAAGUCGGCCGUCACCCGCAACUACUCCGAAAAGUCCAUCAACAACAUGCUCGACUUUGUCGAAAAGGCCGCCGAUAGCACCCAGGCCGGCCAGAGCAUCGAGAGGUUCUACUCUCUCACCCUGCAGAGCUUCCAGAGCACCAACAACGAGCGGUUAUGGCUGAAGACGAACCUGAAGCUCGCCAAGCUGCUGCUGGACCGCAAAGAAUACAGCGCCGCCGUGAAGAAGCUGCGGGACCUUCACAAGGCGUGCCAGCGCCCAGACGGCACCGAUGACCCCAGCAAGGGCACGUACUCGCUCGAGAUCUAUGCCCUCGAAAUCCAGAUGUUUUCCGAGACCAAGAAUACCAAGCAGCUCAAGACGCUUUACAACCGCGCUCUUGAGGUCAAGUCGGCGGUGCCCCACCCUCGCGUCAUGGGCAUCAUCCGUGAAUGCGGCGGCAAGAUGCAUAUGAGCGAGGAAAACUGGCAUGCGGCUCAGAGCGACUUUUUCGAGUCGUUUCGCAACUACGACGAGGCCGGCUCCCUGCAGCGUAUCCAGGUGCUCAAGUACCUGCUCCUCACGACGAUGCUCAUGAAGUCGGACAUCAACCCCUUUGACUCGCAAGAGACCAAACCAUACAAGUCGGACCCUCGCAUCUCGGCCAUGACGGAGCUCGUCGAUGCGUUUCAGCGGGAUGACAUACACAGCUACGAAAAGGUGCUGCAUCGCAACCAGGGCAUCCUCGACGACAGCUUCAUCGCCGAGAACAUUGACGAGGUCACUCGCAAUAUGAGGACAAAGGCAGUUCUCAAGAUCAUCGCACCGUACACGCGAAUGCGGCUGUCGUGGAUCGCCGAACAACUCGAGGUCUCGACUGCCGAAGUCCAGGACAUCAUCGGGUUCCUCAUUGUGGACGAAAAGAUCAAGGGCUGCAUCAACCAACAAGACGGCACCCUAAUCAUGGAGUCGGCCGCCGAUGCAGAGCGUAUCGAGGCCCUACAAAAUCUCAGUGCGUCCAUUCAAGACCUCUUUGGAGUCGUCUUCAAGGACGGCGACGGCUUCAGAGCAAUGGAUCAGGGGGUGGAGGAAAACAGCUUGGAGGCGGCCCAAGGCCUGUCAAUGCGAAAGGCAGCGCGGAUUCGAGAAACCCAACGGGCCAGGAAAGGUAGGGGCAUGGCGCACCUCGUGUAGACGAGCCGUCACCGUCGGCGACGCAAUCGAGCGUUGCUUUCGCGAGACGUCCCGGGCGGUUGUCAUCGGCCACCAAGGUGCCUUUGCAUGCACCCGCCGGCCCCACACCUGAUAUCGCGGCGUUGUAACGAGUCCGCGUUAUCCGAGCCGCGGCGUUGGCGUUGACUGGACAGAGUGGCCGGCUACCUGCGCCCGGCGGUCCGUUGAAGUCGAGCCACUUUGCCGUGAUGUAACGAAGCUGAUGAAUUGGCGCGGCCAGUACCCGCAUGACCCCCGAAGGAAGUAUUAAAGAGAGGACGGCGUUGAUGCACGUUGUCGCUCAAGAGAUAGCAUAAUAAAA